UGCGUCUGAGAUCUCCAGUUCAGGCCAUUAUGUGUCGCUGGGUACACAUUUUUAUAAGAACUCAAAUGUAGAACUAUGAUGUGUUUGUUAAGACAAAUAAUGAUGUCAAUGCCUCAAGAACAACCUGGAAACGUGGACGCAAACGCCUAAUUAUUAUUUGAGAAGUGUUUCAGCUUUAAUUUAGCUCAAAAUUCGAGGCAUUAACAUUUGCAAAUAAACCACAAAAUGACACCGAAUUAAAAGAAGUCGAGAACAAACUGGAAACCGGGGAGCUUUCAAAACCCGUAGCUCGGCCCAGUAAGCUGCUUUCUGUGGUGAGUUGGAGAUUCUUCUCGGAAAAACCAAGAAGGCUCUACUAAAAAAAAUGGAUUUACAAGAAGUGUUCGAAACCAGCGCCGAGGCAGAAUAAUUAAUUGCUGAUCAGAAACAAUAGAUUAAGACGAUAGAAGACACCAGCAAAUCCGUCUGGGUAACGCGUACGAUUCAACACCUUGAACGCGGCGGCAAGAAGGAUCAAACGGCAGAGAUACAGAAGAAAGUUGUUAUCGCCGAAGUAGCUGCCCUCAAAACAUAGAAGAAAUGAAGCGACGGAAGAGGUCUCCGACAAGCCCAAGAUGGGUUUACUACAUGCCUAACUCUGCUGGCUCUGCUGAGCAUUCUCUUUUCAAGAUGGCUGCCGCUCCAAGAAUGGCGACCCCACCGAGUAGAAGUGCCACGUCUAACGCAAACAAAACGCUGGGAAAAGUAGACUAUCACGAGCGAGCGGAAUUUCCACAUGGCAUCCUCCCAACAAAAAAGGACAUCGUACAAAACAUGAUGUAUCUACUGAAUCCAAAACGAGCUGGCAAAGCCCAACGUUCUCGAUUUGACGCCUCACAUCUCCUGGCAGUACGUCUCCAAGAACAUUGGAACUGCUGUAAUAUCUACACUGUUCACGUCAAGCACAUACAGGAAACUAUUUUGGCGUUGUACGUGGAGUUCAUCUCUCUGUUUCGGACGAGGAAAGGCAGGAAGAACGAGCGAUUCAGUCAAGUCCUGGAAGACUUCAACAAGCAGGCGAAUCAGCUGUUUGAUGUUUUCUGCAUGGACGAAGCAGUCCGGAGAAACUGGGAAUUACUCUGCGGAUCAAACAUGACGGACUUGGAGUUUAAGUUCCUCGAGGAUCAGAGAUCCGAUAGAAAGAUGGUCAGAGUUGACUUUGUGGACAGAAAAUGGAUGAAAACUAUGGACCCGAAAAGGAAGGACUUGCUUGGCCUCGAGAACAGGCUCCAAGAUGCUGGAAGUCAGAUGAAUGUUAAUGGAGAUGCAAUAGCUGCGUCAACAAGCUCAACAAUUUCACAAGUAAGCAUGACUACCUGUAUAAGACCCAAAGGAAACCGUACAUUGGGAAAAGUAGACUACCACGAGCAAGCUGAAUUCCCACCAGGCAUCCUCCCAACUCAAAAGGACGUCAUACAGAAUAUGCUGUAUCUGCUGAGUCCGAAACGAGCCGGCAAAGCCCAACGAUCGAGAGAUGACGCCUCACAGCUUCUAGCAGAGCGACUUCAAGAGCAUUGGAAUUGCUGUAAUAUAUACACUGUCCACGUCAAGCAUAUUCAAGAAAACAUUUUGGCUGCGUACGUCAAAUUCAUGUCGCUCUGUCAGACCAGGACAGACAGACAGAACGAACGAUACUUUCGUAAUAUCGCAGAGUUUAACGAGCAGGCGGAGAAGCUGUUUGACGUCUUCUGCAGGGACGAAGCCGUCAAAAAUAAGAAGGAAAUAUUGUGCGGUCUGCCUAUGCCUAUGACUGAUAUGAUUGUAAAGUUUCUUCAGGAUCAGAGGUCAGACAGAAAGAUGGUCUGGGAACAUUUUGUUGUCAAAAAACGUUGAGAACAACGGAGAAACAUUUUGCCGAUUGUCAAAAUGCUUUGUGAAUAAUUGGUAGUGUUCUAGGCCAGAAAUGUGUAUUCUACUAGAUAGGUUAGGAUCGGACCAGUAGCCUCAUAAAUUGAACACCAUGUUUUCUUGUGGUGUCAUACUUUCAAGGUAUUACUGUAUAUGGCCUGAAGGCUGAUUCAUUCUUACUGUGACUGCAGGCGCACACCCAACAAUGCAUCAGAUAUAUAAGUUCAGACUUCGUAAAGAUCUGGUUGGCUCAGUGGUUUCUUUCCCUGCCUUUCACCUCUGUGGAUCGUGAUUCGAUUUUUAACCUUUUCAAUUUGAAUUCC